AUGAACGAAACUAUUAAACAACAAAUAAUAAAGGAAAUAAAUAAGAAAGAGGCGGUUAGAAAGGAGAAGAAAGGGGCUGAAAAAUUAAAAAAUUUUUCUUGGCCUUCAUUCUUUGCGGGGGAAGAAUAUAAUCAAGAACUAGAUCAAAACUCAGAAAUUAAGGAUCGAAUAAAUCUCAUUGACUGUGAAAAGAUAAGUAAUGAAAACAAAGAAUUUUUGGAAAAAAAAAUUAAAGAAAUUUAUGAUAGUUCCCAAAAUAAACAACUUAUUCAAGAGGAAAAUUUCCCGAUUAUUUGGUUUAAAAAUAUUGACCAAAUAAAAAAAGAUUCUGCUUUGGAAAAGGCUUUAUUGCCGGUGUUUGACCCUGCUCAAAAUUCUUCUUUAUCCAAAGGAGUUAAUUUAACCCAAUUUCUUUUAAUUGCUACUAGCAAGGGCAAAGAGGUAGGAAAAAUACCUAAUCCGCUUAUGUCACGCUUAGACUGCAUAAAUGUAGAUACCGCUCAACCCAAACAAUUUUUUUGA